AUGGCAUCACUCGUACCAAUGAAGGACAAGAAACUCAUGGAUGUCAAAAUAGGUGAGCUGCCAAAGUGGAUACUGAUGUGGGAUUUCACCCAUAAAGGCAUUGCUGGAGUGUUUCAAAGAGGUCAUUACCGGUAUCACAACAAGUAUGUCAAUGUGAAGAAAGGGAGCGUCACUGGGGUUUCUAUGGUGCUGGCAGCUUAUGUGCUUUUCAACUACUGCUGUUCUUUAAAGGAACUCAAGCAUGAGCGGCGUCGCAAGUACCACUGA